CCGCAGGGGGAGAGGGAAAGGAAGGAACAGAGUCAAAGUCCCUUCUGCUUUCCGCCGGGCCUGCUGGACCCGUCAGACCUGAUGCCCGCACCGCCGCCAUGAUGUGCGAGGUGAUGCCCACCAUCAGCGAGGAUGGCCGGCGGGGCUCGGCGCUGGGCCCGGACGAGGCGGGGGGCGAGCUGGAGCGCCUCAUGGUCACGAUGCUCACGGAGCGCGAGCGCCUGCUCGAGACGCUGCGCGAGGCACAGGACGGGCUGGCUACAGCGCAACUGCGGCUGCGCGAGCUCGGCCACGAGAAGGACUCGCUGCAGCGUCAGCUCAGCAUCGCUCUGCCCCAGGAGUUUGCGGCUCUGACGAAGGAGCUGAACUUAUGUCGGGAGCAGCUGCUGGAGAGGGAAGAAGAGAUUGCAGAGCUGAAAGCGGAGCGGAACAACACGAGGCUCCUCCUGGAACAUCUGGAGUGCCUGGUGUCCAGGCACGAGAGGUCACUGCGCAUGACCGUGGUGAAGCGCCAGGCCCAGUCCCCGGGCGGGGUCUCCUCAGAGGUGGAGGUGCUCAAGGCUCUGAAGUCCCUCUUCGAGCACCACAAGGCCCUGGAUGAGAAGGUCCGGGAACGGCUGCGGAUGGCGCUGGAGCGAGUGGCAGUGUUGGAGGAAGAGCUGGAGCUCAGCAAUCAGGAGACUCUGAACCUUCGAGAGCAGCUGUCUAGGCGACGGUCAGGGCUGGAAGAGCCGGGCAAGGAUGGGGACGGGCAGGCCCUUGCCAACGGCCUGGGACCUGGCGGGGACUCGAACCGGCGCACAGCAGAGCUGGAGGAGGCCCUGGAGCGGCAGCGUGCAGAGGUGUGCCAGCUGCGGGAGCGCCUGGCGGUGUUGUGCCGUCAGAUGAGCCAGCUGGAGGAGGAGCUGGGCACCGCUCACCGCGAGCUGGGCAAGGCCGAGGAAGCGAACUCCAAGCUGCAACGUGACCUCAAGGAGGCGCUGGCGCAGCGAGAGGAUAUGGAGGAGCGGAUCACGACGCUGGAGAAGCGCUACCUGAGCGCCCAGCGCGAGGCCACGUCUCUGCACGACGCCAACGACAAGCUGGAGAACGAGUUGGCCAGCAAGGAGUCGCUGUACCGGCAGUGGCUGGACGACGCCAAGCAGAAGCUGCAGCAGACGCUGCAAAAGGCGGAGACCUUGCCCGAGAUCGAGGCCCAGCUGGCCCAGCGCGUGGCAGCGCUCAACAAGGCUGAGGAACGCCAUGGGAACUUUGAGGAGCGGCUUCGGCAGCUGGAGGCCCAGUUGGAAGAGAAGAACCAGGAGCUGCAGCGGGCCCGGCAGCGGGAGAAAAUGAACGAUGACCACAAUAAGCGGCUGUCCGAGACAGUGGACAAGCUGCUCAGCGAGUCCAACGAGCGGUUACAGCUUCACCUCAAGGAGCGCAUGGGGGCGCUGGAAGAAAAGAACUCACUGAGCGAGGAGAUCGCCAACAUGAAGAAGCUUCAGGAUGAACUGUUGCUUAACAAGGAACAGCUCUUGGCUGAAAUGGAGCGGAUGCAGAUGGAAAUUGACCAGCUGCGGGGAAGGCCACCAUCCUCCUACUCCAGGUCUCUCCCUGGCAGUGCUCUGGAGCUCCGUUACUCCCAGGCACCCACGUUACCUUCUGGUGCCCACCUGGAUCCCUAUGCAGCUGGCAGUGGCCGGGCAGGCAAGAGGGGCCGCUGGUCAGGGGUCAAGGAUGAGUCCUCCAAGGAUUGGGAGCGGUCUGCCCCUGCAGGCUCCAUACCACCCCCAUUCCCUGGAGAGCUGGAUGGCUCAGAUGAAGAGGAGGCAGAGGGGAUGUUUGGGGCCGAGCUGCUGUCCCCCAGUGGGCAGGCUGAUGUGCAGACCCUGGCCAUCAUGCUUCAGGAACAGCUGGAGGCCAUCAACAAGGAGAUCAAGCUAAUCCAAGAGGAGAAGGACACAACAGAACAGAGAGCAGAGGAGUUGGAGAGCCGGGUUUCCAGCUCUGGCCUGGACUCACUGGGCCGCUACCGCAGCAGCUGCUCACUGCCCCCCUCCCUCACCACCUCCACCCUUGCCAGCCCUUCCCCUCCCAGCUCUGGCCAUUCAACACCCCGCCUGGCACCCCCCAGUCCUGCCCGUGAGGGCACUGACAAGACUAAUCAUGUCCCCAAGGAAGAAGCUGGUGCUCCACGAGGGGAGGGGCCAGCCAUCCCAGGAGACACCCCACCUCCCACCCCCCGCUCUGCCCGUCUUGAAAGAAUGACCCAGGCCUUGGCACUGCAGGCAGGGUCCAUGGAAGAUGGGGGACCCCCACGGGGAAGUGAGGGUACCCCAGAUUCCCUGCACAAAGCCCCCAAGAAGAAGAGCAUCAAGUCAUCUAUAGGCCGUCUCUUUGGCAAGAAAGAGAAGGGGCGGAUGGGACCCCCAGGCCGGGACAGCUCCUCUCUGGCUGGAACACCCUCAGAUGAGACACUGGCCACUGACCCUCUGGGACUAGCCAAGCUGACAGGCCCAGGAGACAAGGACCGAAGGAACAAGAGGAAGCACGAACUCCUAGAAGAGGCCUGCCGUCAGGGCCUGCCUUUUGCUGCCUGGGACGGGCCCACCGUGGUCUCCUGGCUAGAGCUGUGGGUAGGCAUGCCUGCGUGGUACGUGGCCGCCUGCCGGGCCAAUGUCAAGAGUGGGGCCAUCAUGGCCAACUUGUCGGACACGGAGAUUCAGCGCGAGAUCGGCAUCAGCAACCCGCUGCACCGACUCAAGCUGCGCCUCGCCAUCCAGGAGAUGGUCUCGCUCACCUCGCCCUCGGCCCCCGCCUCCUCCCGCACGUCCACAGGAAACGUGUGGAUGACACACGAGGAGAUGGAGUCCCUCACGGCCACGACCAAGCCUGAGACCAAGGAGAUCAGCUGGGAGCAGAUCCUGGCAUAUGGCGACAUGAACCACGAGUGGGUGGGGAACGACUGGCUGCCCAGCCUGGGGCUGCCCCAAUACCGCAGCUACUUCAUGGAGUCGCUGGUGGAUGCCCGGAUGUUAGAUCACCUUAACAAGAAGGAGCUCCGGGGCCAACUCAAGAUGGUGGACAGCUUCCACAGGGUGAGUCUGCACUAUGGGAUUAUGUGCCUGAAACGGCUCAACUAUGACCGGAAGGACCUGGAGCGGAGGCGGGAAGAGAGUCAGACCCAGAUCCGAGAUGUGAUGGUGUGGUCCAAUGAGCGGGUCAUGGGCUGGGUGUCCGGGUUGGGCCUGAAGGAAUUCGCCACGAACCUCACGGAAAGCGGGGUGCACGGGGCGCUGCUCGCUCUGGACGAGACCUUCGACUACUCCGACCUGGCCUUGCUCCUGCAGAUCCCCACGCAGAAUUCGCAGGUGAGCUGCGGCUGGGUCCGGAGCACGCCGGAGGACAGCGCCAAGUCCUUCAGCCGCUCCCCCUCCUGGAGGAAGAUGUUCCGAGAGAAGGACCUCCGAGGCGUGACCCCAGACUCGGCUGAGAUGUUGCCCCCCAACUUUCGUUCGGCUGCAGCGGGAGCCCUGGGCUCGCCGGGGCUCCCUCUCCGCAAGCUGCAGCCGGAAGGCCAGACUUCUGGGAGUUCCCGGGCAGACGGCGUUUCGGUCCGGACCUAUUCCUGCUAGUGUAGGCCUCCAGGUGACCUCCUCACUCGAACGGAAGACUCUUCAGAGGCUGGGCGGCUCCCUUUCCUGUCCAGAGUGUGGUCUCGCCGGGGAGAGCGGGCGGGGAACUCGCGCCGCGGACUGGACCAUCUGUGCAGACCAGCGGGAGCGCGUGUGCCCGCCCCACGCUCGGACGGGCCUGGACCAAACCACAUGAACUGGACUGAGGGGGGGAAGAAGAGGGCCGGGAGGAGCCCGCCCCGAACGUCCGCCUUCCUUUUCUCUACUUUGUAAUUUAUUGAUCAGUUUCCGGCGGGAGACGGGCGCCCUUUACCCGCGGGAAGGGGGCGGGGCUUCCCUCCCGGGCCGCAUGCGGGGAGAGGCUGCCCCCGCCCCUCUUUCCUGCCCAGUCGCGGGGCCCAAGUCUUCCUUCUUCGUCCGAAAGGAGGGGAGGGGGGGACUCGCUGCUACAAGCCUCGCCCCCGUGCCACUCAGCCCCGCCCCGCCGCGUGCGGGCGGGGUCCCCUCUCCCUCCCCCGUGUCUCGUGUCCCCGGGGCCUCCCCGCUCCCCGUGCUGUGGCCGUGUCCGUGCCCCGGGGGUAGGGGGCGCAGAACUGCGCUCCCCCUUCCCCUCCGGCUCCGGGGUUUGCAUGGGAGAAUCCUCUUUCCACGAUGCCACUGGGCGACGUGGUGUGGGGGAGGGGGGACGCGGGGGAGCCUUUGCCCCCGACUCUCGGUCGGCCUCCCCGCCCCAGGCGUCACUCAGUGAUCACGGGUAAAGAGAACUGUUUCAAAAAGCU